GUGGAUAAGUAUAGUUUCAAGGAAGAGGUUAUGACUUCACACCGAGGCAAGAAUUAAGGAGAGAGAAACUCUUCAAUACAGUUAUUUCCUAUUGACUCUAACCUAAAACGUUGGGUUGGCUGUCACAGUACACUGGUUUCCUGCUCUGAGUAUGGGCCAUGAUGACUCUUUGUACUUUGACCGCUGAUGUUUUUCACAGGCAGCUGAUAAGGCACCAGGGCUGUAUUCACUAAGAAUCAAACAGGUCGAAACGGGGAGGGACUAACCUGAACUUUUCCAAUAAGAAACGCUAGAUUUCAUAGAAAAAAUGUUCUGCUAUGGUGGGCACUAAUGAAUACACCCCAGGGCUGAGUUUUAAGGUCAUGGUUUGUCGUGAAAGCAACCGCAUGCAGGGAGCUACAGUAUAAGUUUGAGUUAACUGUUUGAUUUACUUUCUCUGAAGCAUAGUGUUUUACAUAGGAUUAUAAUACUUUUGAGAUCUUUUAUUAUGUUCAAAUUAGGGAGUAUUUGAUUCCAUUUACAGCUGAAAUGCAUUUGAAAGACUGCUUUAUUUUGGGCUGCCUUUCUGAAACGGUGUUCGAUCCUAUCUGUUCUAUCUGAAGACAUGGCUUCUUCCGGCGAUAUAUUAUCUGAAGAGCAGUUCCAGUGCUCUAUCUGUCUGGAUGUCUUCACUGAGCCAGUCUCCAUCCCAUGUGGCCACAGUUUCUGCAUGGCCUGUAUAAAGAGACACUGGGAUAGCAGUGAUGUCUGCCAUUGUCCCAAAUGUAAGAGGGUGUUUGCAGGAUGCCCUGAUCUCCUCGAGAACUCAUUUGCUAAAGACAUUUCAGAAAAGAUCAGGGCGAACAGACGGAACGGAAUCAAGCAAUCUGAUGCCAAAUCUGGAGGCGUGCACUGUGAUGUCUGCGUGGGGAGAAAGCUCAAGGCCCUGAAGUCCUGCCUGGUGUGCCUGACUUCUUACUGCGAGACUCACCUGGAGCCUCAUCAGAGAGUGGCGACUCUGAAGAGACACAAGCUGGUGGACCCUGUGGAGAACCUGGAGGACAGGAUGUGUAAGAAGCACGAGAGACUCCUGGAGCUGUUCUGUAGGAGUGACCAGAGAUGUGUGUGUGUGCUCUGCACGGAGACGGACCACAGGGCUCACGACACCGUUCCAGCAGAGAGAGAGAGUACGGCCAAGAAGGCUCAGAUGAAGAAGACUGAGGCAGCGGUGCAGCAGAUGAUCCAGGCCAGAUUGAAGAAGUUGGAUGAGAUCAAAAACUCAGUCAAACUUAGCAGAAUAAAUUCAAAGAAAGAGAUAGAGGAUGGAGUGCAGGUCUUCACCGCUCUGGUGCGCUCCAUCGAGAGAAGCCAGGCUGAGCUCAUCGAGUUGAUCGAGGAGAAACAGUCAGCAGCAGAGAGGCGAGCUGAAGGGCUCGUCAAAGAGCUGGAGCAGGAAAUCACUGAGCUACAGAGGAGAAGCACUGAGCUGGAGCAGCUCUCACUCACUGAGGACCACCUCCACCUCCUAAAGAUUUUUCCAUCCCUGUGCACCCCUCCACCCACCAAGGACUGGUCUGAGAUCAGUGUUCACUCUGACCUGUGUUUGGGGAAUGUGAGGAGAGCUGUAUCUCUUCUGGAGGAGGUAGUGGAGACAGCAAAAAACAAACUGUCAAUUAAAGAGCAUGAAAAGAUACAGCUGUGUGCAGUUGACGUAUCCCUGGACCCGAGCACUGCCAACCCCUGGCUGGUCAUGUCUGAGGAUGGUAAGCAGGUCUGGGACGGGGACACGGAGCCGAGCCUCCUGAACGGUCCUCAACGAUUCGACACGGCACCCUGUGUCCUUGCCAAGGACGGCUUUGCCACCGGGAGGCACUACUGGGAGGUCGAGGUCGGAGACAAGACGGCUUGGGACCUGGGUGUGGCCAAGGAGUCCAUCAACAGGAAGGGCAUGGUCACACUGAGCCCUGAGGACGGCUAUUGGACGAUAUGUUUGAGGAGAGGAAGUGAGUACAGAGCAUGUGAGGGACAGUCGGUGUUGCUCCACUUCAGAGAGAAACCAUGGAAGGUUGGGGUGUUUGUGGAUUACGAGGAGGGGAAGGUGUCGUUUUAUAAUGUAACGGACAGGUCUCAUAUUUAUUCGUUCACGGGCUACCAGUUCACUGAGAGGGUGUUACCUUUGCUCAACCCAGAUAUGCGUGACAGCGGGAACAACAUAUCACCGCUCAUUAUAUGUCCUGUUGGUGUUUUCACCAGAGGCGGUAGUUUGGAUGAUGACAUAACAAUAUGAAAUGUACUUUGCCAUGGACAAUACAUUUCAUUUGAAAGUGUCCUAAAGAGGAAAACAGGAAACAAAAUGGACUUAAAUUGCCAUGGACUUAAAUUGAUAAAUGGGUUAAGAAAGAUUCAGUAAGAUUCACUCCAUUUAAUUUAGUUGAAUUAAAUGAAAUUAUGAAUGCUCUUUUAAAUGCAGAUAUGUUGUGUUUUAUUUAUAUUUUAUGUAAUUGUCUGAGAAGAAGACAGAAGUUAAUGCAACUAUCCAAACCAAUCUUUAUUAGCUCAUGUCAUGUUUUUUUUUUUUUACAAUUUGAAUGAAUGCAACAGUUGUACAAUAGAUGAAGAUAUUCCAAACUUUUCAAAUCCAUCGUAUACUGACUGAAUAAAACAUUGUUCUGGCACGGAUAAAUCAUUUAUAGAUUUGGGGUAUUUAGGUUGGAAUUCAGGUAUUCAAUGUACUGUAAAAUGUACCCUUAAAAAAUAUACGUUGUGAAAAAUACAUCUAUAUGUGCCUCAUUUGCAUACUGUAUAUACACUAGAUGUAUUUGCAUACAUUAAUAAAUUAAUAUAAAGGGGUGGAACAGGGCUACAACCACCAAAAAAUGUAUCUGUCUCGGACUACCUGAGCUGUCUAGACUGCCUCAUUAAUACUGUUGUUGUAACAUUUUAUUACAUAAUUCAACAAGUGUGUCAAGAGAAGGAUGAUGUAGUAACCAAAAAAGUGUUAAACUAAUCAAAAUUGGUAAAAGACCAAGUCCAUAUUACGGCGAGAGCAGCUCAAAUAAGCAAAGA